AAAGACUGUUUAGGAUGCAUUUAAAAAAUAUAUUUAUAUAACCAAGUAUUUAUACGAAAUAGCUCGAUAAUGGUUACUGCUCAAUACCCAAAGGCUACUGCACAAAAGCGCCUCAGUAGAAAUGACCAGUUUCAAAUGGAAUGUUACAGCAAAUAUUUUAGUCUAAAUUUGGGCAUUUCUCACAGGUUUUCGUUUUCCCACGGCCCUACUGUUUUGGUCGUUGCACAAUAAUGGCAGCCAUUUUCCUACAUCAUUAUAAUGAAUUGGUGGUGCUAAAUUGCCUUAUCCAGAUAGCCCUGACUAAGAAAAUUACCCUGCCAGCCUUUUGACAUCGGAAGUGAUCACAAGGAGUAGUGACAGACAGGUCUUUCAGACAGACAGAGAAAAAUAAUGUAAAACAAGGCAUGUGUAAAAUCUGCAGGGGUUCGGGCUAUUUUAUGGCUAGGCCAAGCGACAUAUAUGAGAUUAUGGUGCUCUAUAAACUCUGUCCUUGUCCGAGGUUCCAUCUGAAACACUAUGGCUUAUGAUCAUCUGAAAUGAACAAGCAAUUCAAUAGGAAUAAGGCUGAAUAAUUGAGUCACUAAAGUUGGAUUUAAGAGUUUUAAAAAAUGAGUUAGUUCGGUAUGCCUAUACUAAACUGCAACUUUGUGAAUUCGAGUUAUUUGUUUACAAUGUAUUAACUUCUCAGAGCUCAAAUUAAGUAAGAGAGCAUGGCUAUUACAGUAAUAAGAAUUCUAAUUAGAAAAGGAAAAAACACCUGAAAUAGUUUGCUGUCAUUUUAAAGCCACAGUAGCUCCUGCACCUUAAACUGGCCACACUAACACAGGCCCUAUGUCUUAUACUGCUGGUUGAAAACGUUAGUUCAAAACGAGGUGAGAUUAAGUAGGUGUGUUGGGCAAUUACUUGAAAGUACUAAUGCACACUCAUUCAACUAAUGAUGCUAAUGCAUGUAGCAUGGUAUUAAAAGAGCCAUUUUAGCUCUUUCAAAGUCAAAACUACGCUUCCUACAUAAAAUAGCCUACAGCCCUACCUAUUUAUGUACAUUAUUACCAUGCAUGAUAUUCUACAAUCAUGCAUGUUAUCAUGUUCUAUAGAAUUAAAUGCUAAUGUGCUAAAAUGUUUUAAAAAAAAGGAUUGAAGCAGCCUUCAUGGAGCUAUUUUGUGUGUCACGAAAAAGAAAAUUAAUAAUCUAUAGAUACACACUGGUGCUGGAAACAUCGACGCAAAAACUUGAAAUAUAGACUUGGAAAUGAGCAUGCACUUAUCACAUGCAGAUUAUAACUGUACUAGUCAGAGUGCACUUUCUGGAAGGCCAGUAAGGUAUUAAUAAAAUGGCAGGUUGAGACAGUUGGACUAAUUUAAAUAGAAUUAACGACCAAUUCUGUUUUGAAAAAAAAAAAAAAAAAAAAAAAAAAAAAAAAGAUCAUUGUUUGCCUCAAAUUUUCACAAUUCACAGUCGCAACUGCUUAGCUGUCUCAACUCUCAUGUAGGCUACUAAACCAGGGCUGUCAUUUCACUCUGUUCAUCGUCUGUAAGAUAGGACCAAAUUUGAACACUUGGAAUGUAAUAGUGUAACGUCAGUCAAAGAGGUUACAGGAAAACAGUGCAAGACCUACUUGCUUACUACCGCUGUCGACAGUGUUAGUCUGCUUAACAGCUUAACACCAAUCACAGACAGUGCGUAACUGUGGUGCGAGGACUAAGCCCAAGGAAAAAAAAAGCAUUAGUCAGUGCAGUGUGGCCUGAGCUAGCAUGCUGGAAGUGACCGUGCAAAAUACCUUUCCUGACAAUUUAAGGAAAACAUUAACCCAUAGAUGAAUAGCUUAUGCGUUUGAGUGGGAACGGUGAAGGCUAGUUUAAUCUCACUAGCCUGAUUAAUGAGCUAUUAAAACGUACAGAGCAGCAGGCAUGAAAGUCUAUGAGAAAACUGCAGUGAGCAAUAAAGAAGAUCCAAAGAUCCGAAAUAAGUUUUAAAAAAUUCAUUUUAAAACUUAAUUAAACUGUGUCUGGCAUAUAUUUAGUUUGUAAGUUUAGUUAUGAGUAGUAGCCCAUUUCCAAAUUUGAAAAAAAAGAGUAACAUUUGAAAGAGCAAUCUAUGGAGGUUGUAGAUCAACAGGCUAAACGCUGCAGUUUAGAAACCAGUGCACAAGGCAGAAUACAGAUCUGUGGUUCGAUUGGCUGGGGGGGCGAGACCACGCCCCUCUUAGUGGUCGGCAUUAUUUACAUGUUGAGCCUCAAAAUACAGUAAGACAAGAAGACAAGCUGCGGAGGCCAUCGUACACCCUUUGAACUGACCACCUGAGAAUUGUAAUGUCCUUGUAUUCAGACUCAGGCGGAGGCAUGUCUCUCAGAUCUAAAUUCGGUCAGGUGGAGCAGCAGGGAGAGACCCAGGGGAGACUAGCGACAGGUAUUGUGGAUCAUGUUAUUCACACAUCGGAUGUGCAGUGUAGCUCGAGUGAGUGUGAGACGCCUCGGCCAAGUUUCUUAUUUAGUGAUGAUAGAUCCUGUGGAUCCUACGCUGAAGCUGAGGACUGCAUUAUACACGCUCAGUUUAUAAGCUCUUUAUACUCAAGAAGCGCGUCGUUCUGCCUUAAGGAGUCUUGCCCCCACAGUACACAAGAAGAACAAGCGUACAUGCAGAACGGGAAAAGUUUACUCGCUUACGAUAGUUACCAAAGUUUUACUCGGUCUCAGGGGAGCUGUUUAAUAACACUUCGGUCUGAGGACACGGGGGGUGCAGCUAACGCUUUCGACUGGAUGAAAACAAAAAGAAGCCAUUCUAAAAGAUGUUCACAAGCUUGCGGCUUGACUACUGCAACAGCUCGCACCAGCUUCACUACCGGACAGGUGACUGAACUGGAGAAAGAGUUUCACUUUAAUAAGUACAUCAGCAGGCACAGAAGAGCCGAGAUGGCGAGCGAGCUGCAUCUGAGUGAGUCGCAAGUGAAGAUCUGGUUCCAGAACAGAAGAAUGAAGCAGAAGAAGCGGGAGAAGGAGGAGGGCCUUAUCCCGAUUACGCGCUCUACAGAGCUGCACUCUUCCUCCACAGGCUCCCAGCCUGCUCACUUCCCCUGCUACUCCUGCUAUCAUGAAAGUGCCUCUACACGAAAAAUUACAUAGCCUAUUUGUGCCACAUAGCCUGUCUGUGCAGGUGUUCAGCUGAUUGUUUUGAUUGACUAUGUCAGUUAUUUCCUUGCACUAUUUAUAAGUAAACUGAUUAAUAAUUAUAUUUUUACAUUUUAUAUUAAUAAUCUGUCAAAAGUGGGACCUUAUUGCUAAUUUACCAAAUAAUGUCAAAUGUAAAUUUCAGUGCCUUUAAAAGACUAUAUUUCCCAAUAUUUUACUUUUUCCAAGGACCAUGAAUGUAUUUUUUUAGUUAUGUAAUUAUGUUCUUACUAUAACUGUAACAGACACAGUGUCUUGAGAAAAGCUUGUCUGUUUAGAUUAUUAACAUGCAAUGCAUAUCUGAACUAACACUAUUGUCAUAAUAAAUAUAAACUAUACUUCUACUGAUGGCACACCAGUACUGCUCAUAUGUAUCACUCUUAGGUUAGGACUUUGUAACACAUAAAGGUAAUGUUUCACACAAAGGUAAUGUUUCACGUUUCAACACAAAAUGGUUUCAGCAUAGGACCUUCAUUUUCCAUUUAUUUAAUCUUAUGUGCAGAUAUGCAAAAAUGUGCAUGUAAAAUAUAGCAAAAGAUAAAUCUCUCAGAUAACAAUUACUGGUAAAUGGUCCAGUAAGUGUAAAGGCCGCCUAACAUUUAUAAUUAAUAGAUGAAUAGCUACUUGUCAACCAUGCUCAAAGACAAGAAGCAGAUGAGCAAAUCAGCAGGUGAUCCAAAAACAAUGGUUUUGUGACUUAACCUCACAAUACACAUAUAGUCUUCACAUGAAUACCAACAAAGUGAUUAAUCGUACCUUGGCUAGACGCAUGUUUGAAUAUAUAUUAGUCACUGAAAAACAACAUAUAUAAAAUUUUUGGUUUAAGCAAGUCUGUUUUGAUUUAUUUUAAAUUAGUCUCCAGUCCAUUUACCCCAAACAUAUCAGGAAUUCUUCAAAGUUUACUAGGUGGUUGAUUUUGGAAGUUAAGCUCAAAGCUCAUAUCUAUAAAAUAUUUAUACCGUUUAUUCUUUCAGCUUAUGUCAUGUUUGGUAAUUAGUAGAUACCCAGCAAAUGUUCAUGUUGAUACCAUGUACAUUUGCUCUGUUAUUGUAGCCUACUAUUUCAAUGCUGAUGUCAUGGAGAAGAGAAAUUUUCCACUAUACUGAAUCUGACAUUCCUAUCAUUUUGUUUCAAGAUACACAACACCUUUGGAAUGUAUUCAGCUCAGCAGUAGUUGAUGAUUUAUACUUAUCAUUAGAAGAUUUAACCUAGCAAACGUCAUGUGGUUGCUCAUUCCUUUUUCUGAGGCUGCUGCCCCAUCCCUCGCUUUCCACCCCCUUCAAACUGACAGACAAACUGAUCACACAGGAAAGCUGCCAUCAAUUACUGCAGCGAUGUCUAUACCACUCCACACACACAAAUACCUCACACACAUCCUUCUAUCUCACUCCUAUCCAUAUGGACAUCCUUUAGAGCAUUUUCCCAUAGAAAUUAUGACGGAAUAAAACACAUCUUCAUUCAUCUUCACCACGGAAUGAGAGACAUCUAGUCUCUUUGGGUUUUACAGCACAUCAUCAUAUUAGCCCUCCCCCAUACAGAGAAAUGGAUUAUUCUGGAGAAUGAACUUGGCUUUACUAUAAAUUACAACUAUAGAUUCUGAGAAGUAGCUUAUUUUGUUUAAAAUAGUCUCUAAUACAAUUAAGCUUCUAAUUUAUGUAAAAUCAAAAGUGUGCCUAACAGUAACAGGGCUUGGAAUUUAAUCUGUCCACAGGAUAAAGAAUGAUUCCCUGUGCUUUUCAUUUGUAAUCCCAGACACAUUAUUCCAGUAAAGUAGCCUAUGACCAUUAAAUAUGAAAAAUGACUAGCUGACAGCUCAGCCCGUGAGUUUGGGUUUAAAAGUUAACAGUCCCCUUACAAGCAUGAGCUUAAAAUGAGUAAUUAAGCAACUUAUCAUGAGCCAGCGACAUCUUAAGCACGUGAGAGAAGUCCUCUAUAAAUGCUCACCUGACAAUAUCUUUAUCACAGUCAUAGACUUGGCCAGGUAACUGCAAGCUCUAUAAACCUGCUUGACCUCCAAUCACACUCACACAGCCCAAUAUACCAACAAUUACUUAAAAUUACAGAAAAUAAGUCAAAACACAUCACCUUAAAUAUUCCGCUUUACACUUGAUAUUGGUCAUACACUACUGCACAUCAGAACUGUACUAGCACUAGACAGUUUCUUCAUUUGAAUAAAGGAUACUGUUUCUGUUACAUUUCCCAUACUAGCACGUUUAGUAAGAUAUCUGUGAAUUAUGGAUUUAGUCUUUUUAUUUUUUUUACAAUUUAGAAAAAUCGGAAAGACUUGCUUUUAAAAUAAGCCUAGUAAAGAGAGUUUAGAUGUCUAGGGCUAGAGUAAUUAAGGAUAAUUAAGGUUCACAAACAGCAUUUGUACCCUAUGUGUGUUUGUGAGAGAGAGAUGCUAACUCUCCAAACAGCAUACUAACCUAAUGGAUACCCCAAUGCCCACUGAAACUGACAGUUGCUUUUGUAAAGACUAUUGAUGGCUCUAUUAAAUACAUAUGCCUCCAAAUUCACAUUAAGACUUUCUUGUCCCUUCCAGGUCAUAUGAGAUCAUAUGAACACACAAGGACUCUAUGUUUGGAUAAGGGUGGUCAUCACAGAGAGAGAUAAAUGGGCAAUUAGUGGUGGCUAGUCCAUUAUGAUCCAUGUUAGGGUCUUACAAAAAUGCUGAUGGAAAGCUGAAUCUCUGUGGACAUAUACAUUCAGUAGAAAAAAUUUAGUUUUUUCUCUUUUGAUGCAUGUCUAAUAAAUAAUGUGAGUGUCAUUUCUGAGUGAUCAAUGGUUAUAAGUCAUACUGAAUAUAGAAAAAUAUUUCUAGAGAAAAUAUUUAUUUUGGUCUGAAAAAUACUUUCCAUAAGAUAUAUUUUUUUCAGAUGUGUGUCUAUCCAGCCAGCCACCCAGAGAUGCCUCUGAGCAGCUGAGCAAUGACAUAUGUUCAUAAAUACGUAGAAUAACUAUAUUGUGACAAUUUAAUCAACCUUUCAGAUUAAAGUGCAAAAUAAUGGUUUUUGGUGUAGCCUAAUGGUUGAUUGUGUGGUCAGUUAUGUCCAGGGACUUGGUAUCCUUGAUCCAUGGGAAGAGAAGAUAGGAGCCAGAUUAAAUUUGCAGAGACAAGAAUGUCACUACAGGUGUUUUGCAUUCUUUGAGCUUAAAGUAAGAGAGUGAAGCCACCUACCGCUGAAAUGAUCUGACAAGGAACAGACUGAAGGAAUGUUAAGUUCACCGACCUUUGUUUUACUUUU